AUGCAUAAAAUCUUGAAAGGAAUUCUAAUAAGUGUUGGAUUGAUUUUGUUAAUAAUAGUUUAUUUUAUUGUUUACACUCAUGCAUUUCACACAUCAUCUGAAGACUGCAAAAAUAUAAAUUCUUUAGUUAGAUUCUGUUGUGAUAAUAGAACUGAGGAUUGCUAUGAUGAGGCGAACUUUAAUAUAAGUCAUUUAGAAGAAGCAAAAGAUCUAUGUUCAAAUUAUAUAGUGCUUCGUGGAAACCCUUGUGAUUUAGAUGACGGUGCUUAUAAUGGAGAUGCUGGUUGGAAAUUUUUACCUGAUGGUUCAGUUGAGGAAAUUGAUACUAAUGUUAAUUUACAUCACCAAUAUUGCAUUAGGAAGAAUGGAACUACACCUAAUUACAUUCUUGAUGUAUGUUUUCCGACCGAGCAAGAAAAUGAUGUUGUUGACAUUGUCAAGGCUUUAUAUCCAAUACUGAUGCUAUUUUCAGUUCCUUUCUUAGUAGUAACGUUUCUUGUAUAUUCAUGCAUUAAAGAAUUAAGAAAUCUUCAUGGAAAAUGUUUGAUGUGUUAUGUUUUAGGUUUAAUAUCUCUCUACUUAAGUCUUGCUCUCAUUCAACUAAAUUAUAAGGAACUACAUCAAAUACAAUGGCUUUGUCAGUCGUCUGGUUACAUUGCUUAUAUUAGUGUUUUGAUUUGUUUCUUUUGGUUGAAUGUUAUGUGCUAUGACAUUUGGUCAGCAUUCAGACAAAACUGUAGGAUCAAUAGAAAUGAAACAAAAAAGUUUUUGAGUUAUUGUCUCUAUGCAUUUGGUCUCCCUUUGAUUCUAACGUUUCUGGUUUAUGCUUCCAACUAUGCAGAUUUUAUACCGGAUAAUUAUAGAAGUGGAAUAGGAGAAAUUCGUUGUUGGAUAAGGAGUGGACAAAUAGUUGAACUUAUUUAUUUGUACAUUCCAAUUUCUAUUAUUUUGAUAUUGAAUUCUCUGUUCUACUCUAUUACUGCUUACAAGAUUUAUCGUGUGCAAAAAGAAACUUCAAUUGUUCGUGGAGGUGAAAGUGGCAGACAUUCAGCAAUGGAUAUUGAUAAAGCUAGGUUUUUUCUUUAUCUUCGAUUAUUUGUUGUGAUGGGAAUUACUUGGAUUAUUGAAAUUGUAUCAUGGGCACUAACGAACUCGCCUAUUUUAUAUAUCACCGAUACUCUAAACUGCCUUCAAGGAAUUAUAAUAUUUUUCUUGUUUAUAUGGAAACCAAAGGUCAAAAAAAUUAUCAAGCGAAAAUGUUUCUCAAAUGAUUGGAAAUCAUCUAUACAUUUAAAGGGUGGAAGCUAUUCUACUGAAUACUCCACUAGUCGUGUAGCGAGUUCUUCAAAGCAAAAUCCAGCAACAAGCGUAACAAAAUGUAUAGACGAUAGUCAAGAAAACUCUAGAAACUGAAAAUCUUUUAUUACAGUCUAGUUGAUUUUUUCAAUAAAUACCUAUUUAAAUUAAUCAAGUAUCUAGGUACAUGAUAAAUAAAUGCAUGUUUAUGG